CAAACACACCCUUUUGCUCUCUCUGGGUUUCCCAUAUGGAGGCCAUUGAAGCCUUCACGGAAUCGACCCAACAGUUUUUCGACAACCUCAUCCACCGCCGCGCAAACCGGAAUCCGAUUGAAAUACUGAAGCGAUUGCAAAGAGAGACGUUUUCAGAUUUGAUGAGGCUGAGAGAAAGGCAAGACAAGGUUGAGAGGAUGGUGGCCUUAUUUGGGUCUUCUAAAGGAAGCCCAUUUCAAGGAGGCAAUACCCGUUUGAAGGGUGAGGUUGAUUUCUUGGGGGGUUUGUUAUGGAAGCAUUGUAAUGAUGAUGGGGGUGGUCAAGAUUGUGAUGGUCUUAGUAGAGCUGGGAUUAGAAGUGGGGUUGAUUUUAGGUUGAGUUUUGAAACUGCGGUGAGGGAGAGUGAUGGUCUUGUGUGUGAGUUUGUGGCCGGGCAGAAGCACAGGAGUGGUGUUUGUGAUGUUUCAGAAUGUGGUGUUUCUCUAGCUAAGGUGUGUUAUACGGCAUAUGUGUGCAAUUGGUUGUCUUGCAUUGCGAUUCCAGUGGGAUCUCGGUGCAGGGACGUCGCGGUUCUUACUAGUCCUUCCCAUCAGGGAAAGGGCCUAACCGAUCGAUCAUCAUUCGGACCACCUCUGCUAAAUGAGCAUAAUGGCAGUGCAAUUGGCAUAAUGGUGAAAAAUGCGAAUGUGGUUGUUGCUUCAUUGGGUCAGUCUAUUUCAGGACUUGGAAUGCAAGUAGGUUCAGGUAGAGUUGAGCACUGCUUGAGCACUUUUGGGCAAAUUAUCUGUCAACUUCCCGGAAACACCAAACUCUCGCUUCUUGGUCUUCACCGAAUGCCCAAAUCAUCAAGUGAACGUGUCAAUCACAGUGCUCCUUGCGUCCCAUCAGGCAGUUCGCUACAUCAUACAUCCAGUCCGACAAUGGCUGAUGCAUCUGCUCCACCAGUAAGAACAAACUCAAAAGAAAACGUGUCAGCAAUUGGAUCCGUAGCUCUGAUGUUGGAAUCUGAACUUGACGAGACCACAAAGAUUGGGGGUUGGAUUGAGAUGAAGAAAUCGAACCCCAGGCAUUUAGAAUGGGCUGUGUCUGUGUCGGAUGACUCUGAAGAUUCAGUUGGAUGGGGAAUAAGUCUAAAUGGGAUGGUUGGAGGUCCAAAUAGCUGUGACCAAUUUCAGAUCGAAUCAUACUUGAAAUUUAACUUAAGUGAGAGAUUCAGUGUAAAGCCUGGUGUUGUACAAAUAAUGGAUGGCAAUGCCAAAAUGACUGCCUUUAUGCUCAAGUCUAACUGGUCUCUCUGAUUGCCAACAAAUGAUGAGAGCUCCAUUAAGCCUAGGCUCCAGUUUUAGUUUAGAUAGUGUACGCGGUUCUUCCUGUAACGAGCUUCU